AUGACUUAUCAGCGGCGAAAUCGCCGGGAAAUGCGGACGCUACUGAGCAUGGUCCAGCCGGCUUCAAGGAAGCGCAACGUCUCACGUGCAAGCGGCGACGAUCCUGAAGUUGGGCAAACGGAGAGCGCGAGCGAUCGCCAGUCGCACAGUGAUGACCCAGCUCACCCGCUUAUCAGACCCAGCGACAGCAAAGACGAUCGCUCGCUUAACAAAGGAGCCUUUUCAGUCAGUGAAGGCGCUCCCACUGUCAGCAAAGGUGCUCCUUCCGUGUCGAGGAAUCGGGACAAGGGACUGCUGCCAAGGAACGCACAGGCCCUGCUGGCCCCCAUAAAGGAACGCUUCUGGACAACCGCAGCCCUUGCAGCAGUAAUUUCUGGGGCUGCGAUUCUGCUGGCGGUUAUCAUCUCGCUCGCGCUCGUGCCUGCUGCAGCCCCUGGCAGUUAUAUGUCCGUGCAGGGCAUUGGAGUCCCCUUCAACCUAUCAUGGCAGGGGUACCGCUCGUACCUGCAGCAGCUACAGCCGCUACAGCAGCACGUGGGUCUGCCCUCCAUCCCCUUCCAUCCUCUCCCCCGCGGCCCCCACGGCUUCAUCCAGUUCUCCGCCUACCGCCUCUCCUCGCGCUCGUUCGCUGUCGUGGGCUUUGGAGCGCAUUAUCUCAAGGACCAUCUAUGCAUAUGGCAGGGAAGCAACGGGCUAGAGCUGAAGGCGGAACCCACAAUUAUCUACACCAAUCUGCGGGAAGAGAGUGACUACGAUGCGAUUGUCAUGCGAUGCGAGUUGGACCAGUCAACGGGUGAUGCUGGUGGCGACCUCUUUCUCAAUAUUGCCAGCGAGCCCUUCCUCGCUCUCAGAGAGAGCUCUGCCCUGCAGCAUGCCAUUGUGCCGCCCGACUUUGACCACCUGCCGCAUGUGCUGACGAUGUGCGCCGUGCGCAUGGGGCGGGAGGUGGAAGCGAGGCUUGUGCACGAGUGGGUGAGCUACCACUGGCACCUGGGAGCCACCCAAUUCCGCCUCUAUGACGCCGGGGCAAUGGAUGAGAGGCACGAGUGGGUGAGCUGCCACUGGCACCUGGGAGCCACCCAGUUCUGCCUCUACAACAGGGGAGCACUGGACGAGAGCCUGGCCACGGUCCUCGAUACCUUCCUGCGCAACGACUCGCUAAAAGUCAUCCCCACACGGCAACUGUCCUUUUACAAUAUCGAGUACGACGCGCAUUCUCUGAGCGCACUAGACUGCCUCUACAGCACACAUUUCACAUCCCAGUGGGUUACCGUGUUACCACCCGACAGUUACCUCUACGUCACACCCCCACACACCCUCCUCUACUUCCUCUCCCAAUACGCGUCCAAGCCUUGGCUCACGUUCGGGGCACACGAGUGGAGCACGGAGAAAUGCCGCGAGGGGAUCGUGUGGGAGAAUGUGACGACGGAGGAAUGGAUGGGGUGGAGGGAGGAGAGUCCGUUUGUGGUGGAGUGGCUGGUGUACAGGCGGAGGGAGAAUGUGUGUGAGGGGGAUGGGGAGGACAAGGACAGGGAGAAGUGCAUUGGGAAGGACGGGCAGCGAUCGCAUUUCACCAACCCGAGAAAGGUGCGUGCAAGAGUGGGGUGGAGGGAGAACGUGUGUGAGGGGGAUGGGGAGGACAAGGACAGGGAGAAGUGCAUUGGGAAGGACGGGCAGCGAUCGCAUUUCACCAACCCGAGAAAGGCUGGUGUCUUGGGCUACUAUGACGUGAGAGAGACAGACAGCGGGGGGGGGCAUGUCCUCUAUAGCGAGAUGCACAAAAACGUGUAUCCGAACCUGCACGAGAGGUCCGAGUUCGGCCGGACCUGCCGAGAGGUCACUGCAGCGGAGGAAUGGGAUGGGUGGGUGAGGGACGUGACUGCAGCUGAUUACGCCAAGCAGUUGAGAAAGAGCACUCAGCCAACAGCUUAA